UUUAGAGAAGUUCAAUAGUGCGGACAUAAUAUUCAACUUAUGACAAUGUUGUCGAAAUCAUUUUUAAUACUGCCGAUUUUAUGGAUUGUGCAGGCUGAUGCAGCUCGCAUUCUUGCAAUCUUUUUAGAACCAUCUUACAGUCAUCAGGUGGCCUUCCGACCAAUAACUGUGGAACUGGCGCGAAGAGGAUAUGAUGUCACUGUUUUUACAACUACUCCCAUAAAUGAUCCUACUAUUCAAAAUUUUACUGAAGUGAAAUUAUCUUACUCGGCAUAUAAAAUCGAUAAGAAUUUGGAUGUUAUAGCAUUGACAAAAUUAGGGAUACAGCCAACUGUUGAGGAUUUUUAUAGACGUAAUGAAGAAAUUACGGAUAGUGCACUGUCCCACCCCGUCAUGCAGCGGCUGAUAUCGCCUAACAGCACCGAAAAAUUUGACUUAAUUAUCGUCGAACACCUGGUUUACGAUGCGUUUUACGCACUAUCGUAUCACUUCGAUGCACCGCUAAUCGGGAUCUCAUCGAUACCGGCUAUGAGUAUACAUCAUUAUGCAUUCGGAAAUCCCAUAUCGUGGGCUUAUUUGCCAGACUUGUUGUUUGGUUCGGGUGAAAAUAUGAAUUUGCUAGAACGUAUCAUCAACACGUAUUACAGUCUUUAUCAAAUAGUCUGGUAUCGAUACAUGUUUAUCCCCGUGCAGGAGAAGAUGGUUAGAAAAUAUUUUGGGAACAGCGUGCCACUUGCUCAUCAGCUUGUCUCGAAUAUGGACUUGCUUCUAUUGAAUUUUCAUCCGUUUCUUUAUCCACAUGCACACGUUCCCGGGAUCAUUCCAAUAAGAGGAUCUCGUCCAAUCAAUCAAUACAACCAUAAUCUAACUCAGGAUCUGCAAAAGACAUUAGACGACGCGAAGGAAGGAUUUAUAUAUUUCAGUUUAGGUUCAAAAGUCAGAGGCGAGUUUCUAUCUGACGAAAGACGAAACAUGUUUCUGAAAACUUUCGAAAAAUUAUCUUACAUUGUAUUGUGGAAGUUUGAGUCCGAUCUUCCGAAUAAACCGAACAACGUCAUCAUUAGAAACUGGUUGCCGCAGCAUGCAGUUUUAGCACAUCCGAACAUACGGCUCUUCAUAUAUCAAGGAGGCUUGCAAAGCACCGAAGAAACGAUAGAAAAUGGAGUACCUGUGAUUGGUUUCCCAUUAGGCGAUCAACGUUAUAAUAUAAAGCAACUGGAGGAUUAUGGCACGGGAAAAAAAUUAAUUAUCACUGACGUGAACGAAGACGAACUCAGAGAGACCAUAUUUGAGGUCAUUCAAAAUUCCAGUUACAAGAAUAACAUGCUGAAGCUGCGUGAUCUGCUGCAUGAUCUGCCAUACGAUCCAUUGAACAAUGCUGUUUGGUGGAUCGAGCAUGUCAUACGUCACAAAGGAGCACGACAUCUUCGGAACAAGUCGCGAGAUAUGCCUUGGUACAAGACUCAAUUAUUGGAUAUACAAGCGAUUGUACUCGUAUCACUUGUCUUCGUUGCGUAUAUCAUCGUAGUGAUUAUGCGUUUCACAUUUCAAAUUGUCAAACAAGAAUUAAGAAAAAGAUUAGUAUCCAGCGCGAAGAAACAACAAUGAUGAAUUAUAUUGAAUACAGAUGUCGAAAAGAUGAUAUCUUCAUUGUGUGAAUUAUGAUAAAAUACAAAUAAAAUUCCUAGAUUUUUGUACUUUGUUGUUUUUACGUCCAAAAUUGUAUACUGCAUCUUGCGCGAUAAACAAAAAAUGGAUGAUGACAAAAUAAAAAACUUUUAACGCAAUCAAUGUAUCGAACAAUGAAUUAAUAACUCAAUAUAUUUGAAUUGUGAUACAAUUGUGUAGAAAUGUUCACGGCUCGCAAACUACCUUUUUUAUGUUGUCGACUAUAUAGGGACAAAAUUUCUCGUUUUUUUAUUUCAUAUUGUAGCAAAACCGCCGA